AUGCCAGACCCUACCGACAUACACGUCCGCGCCAGCGCUGACAUCGGCGCACAGAUCCGCCGCUCGCCACGCACCAAGCCAGGGCCGAACGCAUCAGCACUCCCGAUCCCAUUCACGUACACCCCGAGCCCCGAUGGCGUCGACGAGAACCUUCUCGUCCUCCUCCACGGCCUCGGUGAUACGCAUGGCCCAUUCGCGAGUCUCGGGCGUGCGCUCAAUCUCCCGCAGACGGCUACCCUCGCGCUCUGUGCCUCUUUGCAACUUCCCUUCCUUGACGCUCCCGGGUUCCAGUGGUACCCCUCCCUCACAGCGCUCGCCGAGCCUGACCCACAAGCGGAUCCGACGCCAGCCUUCGAUCUCAUCUCUACCGUCAUCUCUUACCUCACUACCGAGUGCCAAUGGCCUGCAAAUAGAGUGCACAUGUUUGGGUUCGCGCAGGGUGGGAGUGUCGCUGUCGAGACCGUAGUCAGAUGGGCGCGCGAGGCGGAGAAGGGGAAGGGAAAAGACAAGGAGAAGGAGGGUGACGCGAGCGCAGGCGUGGGUGCGCUCGGAUCUGUAGCUUCUGUCUGCGGAUCCCUUCUCUCCUACCCCACACCAGGAAUGCCGGCCUGUCCGACCCCGCUCUUCUACUUCCACCGCCCUUCCGCAACUCGUCCUUCUGCCGCCUCCACUCUUGCGGCCUUGCGCAAAGCCUUCGAUUCCGUCACCGAAGCGAGCUUCCCCGUUAAACUCACGGACGAUGAGGGAGGAGAGGAAGGAGAAGUCUCCAUGCCCCGUACGCGCGACGAGUGGGAGCCUGUGAUGCGGUUCUGGGGUCAGCGGUUGUCGCGACGCGCGCCUGCGGACGACGGGGACAUAUACGAAGUCAUGACCGGGACGUAG